AGAGAUAUUUUUCAGUAUGCUGAGCAAUCGAUUGAUCGCGAGACUAGUUCCUUCGUGGGACACGUGCAUCGAGGCUUUGUUCAAUUCACAUCUGCCAAUCAAGUUUGCUUUCACUGGACGACUUUCCUUACACGAUGUCACUCGAGAUGGAUUUUACGUUCUUCGGAGGAACGUUUGCAAAUUUCCAACAUUAGAUGAGAUUUUUCAUUUCAAGUUUUGCCCCUUGGAACCCAUUUACGUGGUGAAUUGUACCCGGCCUCGUAAAUCGAUUAUCGAAGAAAAACUAGAAGAAAAUCUAUCAAGUGUACAAGGUGAAAUAUCUUUUUCCUCAUCCGUUUUAUCCGAUUGUGGCAGAAUAAAUUUCUGUUCAGAUAGCAGCGAGAGUAGUCUGCGGAAUGUUAGUCGGCAAGAAAUCUUCUUAUCGAAUGAAAUCGGGAAUCUGAGGAUGGAUACGAAAUUUGCUCAUCUUCAAUGCGAUCCUUGUCUUAAUGAUUAUUUAGAGUUGUUCAAGUGCAAGCUUAUCGCUGCAGAGUCAAAAGAUGUAGCAUUGAAAAGUGAAGAAGGAUUGGUAAAUAUUAGCUACGUUGCUUCUCGCGUCAAGAUGUUGGCGAAAUUCGUGGCUCAACAACUGUCAGGACCGGAUCCAUUAAUCAGGUGUAUAGAUCAUCAAUUGGAGAUUCAUUUGAGGGAAAUCAUGAAUACUAUUGAAAGAAGCGUGAUACCGUUAGGAAUGUUACGCGUUGGUUCUUUCUUGGAAAGAGCGUUGCUUUUCAAAGUAAUGGCUGAUAGGAUACAUUUGCCAGCUGCAUUGGUGCGAGGAGAGUAUGGCGGAGCUUGGAUCGAGGUAGCACUAGCGGUAGCAGUACCAGCUGAGAAGACGAGAAGCACGAUCGAAGAAGAUUCGUAUAAAAGUAAUCUAGAAAAGGGUACAUCCUGUUCAGAAAUGAUCACCUUGCAAGACUCUGUACUGCAAUUGAUAAACGAACAGAAAGUUUCAGAGAGCAUCGAUUCAAUUUCCAUGGAACAGUGGUUCACGAUUUACCCAAAGAAACUGUUGAAACCGAAUUUCAUCGUCGACCUGAUGAAUAAACCUGGAGAUCUGAUUCCAAUAGACAGUCGUAAAGCAAAAUUAUACCGUGAGAAACAAUUAGUGUGCGAUACAGUGUGCUACGAUCAAUGAGACGACUGUUUAAUAGCUUUAUUUCUUAGAUAUAUCUUAUAUGUAUAUGUAUAUACCGAUAUAUCGGUAGUUGGAAAAUCCGUAUCUAGCUAUGUGACUUUUACUUUCUUUGGACUCUGUAGAAAAUCGUAAAUCGUAACUUACAUCUAAAUGCCUUAAUAAUAAAACGCAAACAAUUAUUUACAA